AUGAGCAACCAAACUUCAACAUUCGAUUUUCUGCUCUUGGGAUUCUCUGGUGUUCGGGAGCUGCAGCUGUUACACUUUCUACUGUUUCUAGUUCUUUAUCUGGUAGCCUUGAUGGGGAAUCUUCUCAUCAUCACAGUCAUAGCCCUUGACCAUCAUCUUCACACCCCCAUGUACUUCUUCCUGCUCAACUUAUCCUUCAUAGACCUCUGCUACAUCUCUGUCCCCAUUCCUAAAUCCAUGGUCAAUUCACUAACCAACUCCAGGUCAAUUUCUUAUUCUGGGUGCGUCACCCAAGUCUUUCUCUUUCCCUUGUUCGCGGUAGCUGAGCUCAGCUUCCUCACUGUCAUGGCAUACGAUCGAUAUGUCGCCAUCUGCCAACCUCUUCAUUAUGAAGCUAUAAUGAACAGAAGAGCUUGUGUCCGAAUGGCAGCCAGUGCAUGGCUCUGUAGUAUUCUCAACUCUGCAUUACACACUGGGACCACAUUUGCAUUAACCUUCUGUGGAGGGAACAUGGUGGAUCAGUUCUUCUGUGAAAUCCCUCAACUACUCAAGCUCACCUGCUCUGACACAUACCGCAGAGAAUCUGGGGCAAUUGUAUUUAGUGCUUGUUUAUCUUUAAGCUGCUUUGUUUUUAUAAUUGUGUCGUAUGUUCAGAUCUUCACCACGGUGCUGAGAAUCCCCUCUGAACAGGGCCGGCAUAAAGCCUUCUCCACCUGCCUUCCUCACCUCUUUGUGGUUUCCUUGUUCCUCUGGACUCUUACUGUUGCCUACCUGAAGCCCACCUCAAGCUCAACAUCAAGGUGGGAUCUCAUGGUGGCAGUUCUCUAUUCUGUGGUGCCUCCAAUGAUGAAUCCCAUCAUCUACAACAUGAGGACCGAGGAUAUCCAAGCUGCCCUGAGGAGACUGAUAGCAGGGAGAUUAUUCACCAUGAAUAUAAAGUCCAUAGUUCUCCCUUGA